GUGGAUGGUAAUAUUAAAGUUCGUACCAAUAGUAUUUAUCCAAGGCUAGAAGAAUUUGCACUGCCCAGUACCAAAAAUGCAGUUACCCAAACACUCAAGGAGCAAAGUUCUUGCAGCCAACAACUUUGUGGGUCCUUUAUACCUCCUUCUACUACACCCACUCCGGUACAGAAAUAUGCCAUACCAAUUAUUUUAGCUAAACAAUCAAUUUUAGUUAGGGCGCCCACGGGAAUGGGUAAAACGCUUUGUUUUCUACUUCCCUUAUUAGAAAAUUUAGAUAAAUUAAAACCAAAGAAUAAAAGCUUUAACAGUAACAUGAUGGCCAAAGGAUUAUCUAAAUCAACCUCCUUACGUAUCUGUGUAAUUUCUCCAACUAGAGAGUUGUGUGAUCAAAUAAAGGAUCAAUGUGAGCUAAUUUUAAGAAAUAACUCAGAACCAUCAUCUGUGAAUGUGACAUCUCCAUGGCUUCCCAAUAGAGAUGUUGUAUUUGGAAGCAAAUCCAAUUUUUCAGAUGAUAGUAGUAACAAGGGAACCUCUAAUAGCAACUUUGCCUAUAAAAACCUUAAGGUUGAGUCUGUUUAUGGCAGAAAGAAAGAAUUGUAUUCCUAUGAUAAUGUGGAUAUUAUUAUUGCAACACCUGGCAGGUUAUUGGAUUUAUUAAUUCGAAAUAAGAUAGACUUUACUAAUUUGGAAGCUUUUGUGCUGGAUGAAGCGGAUAAAUUGCUAGAUAUGGGAUUUGAAGUAGAUAUACGUAAAAUAUAUUCAUAUGUAUCCAAGAACAAAACUGAUACUAGCAAAAACAGCUCUGCAGUUCCAAUAUCGAAUGGUAAUUCAGUUCAAAUUUGCUUGUUUUCUGCAACCUACAAUAAAAAUUUAAACAAAAUUAUCACGGAUUUUUUAGGAGAAAAUAAAUUCAUCGUAGAAGUUGAGAAUGAAACUGUUGAAAAUAUUUCCCAGAAAAUUAUUUAUUGCAACAACAAGGACCAGGAAUUAGUGAAGAUUCUUGAAAAAUUAAAUUUCUCAAGUAGCUGGAAAAGUAACCAAUCAGCAGACAAAUGUUUGAUUUUUGUAGAAAAAAAGAAAACCGCAGUUGAGUUAGAAAGAAAAAUAAAUGAUCAAAGUAUUUUAUCAAAUACUCGUAAUAUCAAUACCAAUAAGGGUUCCUAUAACUGGUAUGCCGAUAGUGUACAUGGUGAUAAAGAUCAAGAUUUGAGAUCUCUUGCUAUAAAGAAAUUUAGAGAAAAUAGAACCCAUAUUCUAAUAGCUACAAGUGUAGCAGCUAGGGGAAUAGAUAUUGAUGAUAUAAAAAUAGUCAUAAAUUAUGAUUUCCCCAGGGAAAUUAAAGAGUACAUUCAUAGGAUCGGUAGGACGGGUAGAUCGGGUAAAGCUGGGGAGGCUAUUUCUUUUGUUGAAAGGGGUGAUUCUGUUUUAACAAAUGAUGUGUUUAGAAAUGAUCUUAUAAGUGUAUUGUUGGAAAGUAAGAAUGAAGUGCCUGAACUAAUUAAACAGAAGACUAAUUAUCCACACAGGGGAACUAAGAAAAUUCUAGUUGAUCAAAUUUCUAAUUUAUCAAUAAAUAAAAUCAGUGAUCAAGAAAUAUCAGAUAGUAGUGAAGAUGAAAAGGAAGACUCGGAAGGAGAUGCUACUAAUUUGUGG